AUGAUGAUGUCAUCGUUCCUCUACACCAUCUCCUCCGGCCCCACUUUCUCCUCAACCUUUUGGCCGUCCUUCUGUGGUCCCCACGACCCCUACUCGCAGCACUGCCUCUCCACACCCCUCCUCUCCUCCUCCGCCCCUCCUCUCUCCUCCACCCCACCCAGCCUCCUCCUCCUCCCCUCCUCCCGCCACAACACUCUCUCCCAAUUCUCCCCCGCUUCCCUCCCUAACAUCACUCCCUCCAUAGUCACAUGGAACCAAAUAGAGCGCCUAGCGACAGAGGAAACCAGCCCAGGGUACCUACCUCCGUGGCUGCUCUACCUCCCAGUCUCCCCGUGCCUGCAGCACGCGUCCUUCCUGCUCUUCUCAGCCUUCUUCAUCAUCUGCACCCUCUCUCACCUCCUCAUCCUCCCCAAACCCCAACACGCACAUUCCAGCCCCGCUUCCCCCUCCUCCUCUUCCGGUCCUUCCUCUUCCCCUUCUGUUCCCGGCCCUUCCUCUUCCUCCUCCGCCUCCCGUCCCUCUGCCCCGUCUGCUCCUGCCUCUCGCUCCUCCCGCCCCCCGGGGUCUGACGUUCAGGGUGCUCCUGACACAGCAGAUACCGCAGGGGCAGAGACACACUGGAAAGCAGGACCGGGGUACUGGCUCUAUCUCUUCCUCUCCCUCCUCCUCUCAGUCUCCUGGGCGCUUCUCAUCCUAUCUGCCCUUCUCUUCAUGCUUGUGAAUCCGGCUGACAGCAAGCAGCACGGGGCGUAUCCCCAUGUGCUGGCGUAUGCAGCUGGGCAGGUGGUAACCUGGUUACUGGCGCUGCGGGUGUUACUGCUGUAUGGCAAACGGAAGGAUCAGAGGCUUGUGGGUUCGGCUAGGGUUUGGCUGUUUGCGAAUGCGGGUGCUGUGCUGUUACUCUCUGCUGGUGUGGUGUUACGAUUUGGUUCCCCUGGAGGGUUGAAGGCAGAAUCAGGAGGGGCAGUAGGAGAAGGGGUUCUUGCUGGAAAUAGCCGAGGGAAUUUUGGGGUGUGGAGCGAUUUUCUGACGCUGGUUACCCUUCCAGUGGCUCUCCUUUUCGGGGCGUUUGCAGUGAAUGGACGGCCAGGAUGGGCUCUUCCUCGUGCAGAAUCUCAGCCAUCGGAUGUCGAAACUAUAGAGGAUGGGCUACGAACUCCAUUGCUGAUUGGUGGAGGGGCAAUAAGAGAAAGCCACGUGGCAGGGAAGGAGAAGAAGCAGCAUCGGAAAUCGAAUCUCUCAAGACCGACAGGGAAGGAGUCAGGGGCAGAAGCAGGGCAGGGGGAUAAGCGCCGUCGGUCACAGUUAGAACAGUUACAGGAUGAAGAGGAGGAGGAGGAGCAGGAGCAGAAGAAGCAGCAGGAGGAGCCUCCUAUGACUCUCUACGCCUCUGCUGAUUGGCUCUCAGCUCUCACGUUCGGAUGGGUCUCGCCGUUCCUGGAGGCGGGUGCGGAGAAGACUGUGGCUGUGGAGGACGUGCCGAGCCUACAGGCCUGCGACCGCGCCGAAGCUAACUUCCGAGCCUUUGACGCCAGCUGGGCAAGGCAGGUUGCUGAGGCUGAAGCUGCCGAAGCUGCAGCAGCAAGGGGCGGGGGAGUAGGUCUUAUCCCUUUCUUUAGCGGCCCCUUUUCCCUUUCGCAGGCCUGUUCCUGUGAAAACCUCUGCACCGCACUCUAUCGCUGCAUCUCCGUCCUCUCAUCCUGCCUUCACUCCCUCAAAUCCUUCCUCACCUCACUCUACACCUCUCCGUACACCCAGCAAGAAGACAGCAAAGACUCGGCCACUGCAGAAAAAACCAAGGAAGACAAAGAAGAGGAGGGAGAGCAGACACAGCCCAAGGCAACGGUAACCCGGGCUCUCUGGGAGUGCUUCUGGAGGCCGCUGGUGCUGACAGGAGUGCUGGCGCUGGGUAAAACCGGUGUGAUGUAUGCAGGGCCGCUGCUGCUGGCGAGCUUUGUGCAGUUUGCGGCGGGGGAGAGGGCGUUUCCGGGGGAAGGGGUGGUGCUUGUGGUCGCGCUGUUCCUGUCCAAGGCGUCUGAAAUUGUUCUGGAACACCAGUUUAACUUCCGAUCCGAGGUGCUUGGGCUGGACAUCAAAGCGGCGUUGGUGGGUGCACUCUACCGCAAGGGGCUGCGGCUGUCCAGCAAGGCGAAGCAGAGACACACCAUUGGGGAGAUUGUGAACUACAUGUCGACAGAUGCUCAGCGCCUAGCGGACCUCAUGUGGGAGUUGCACAACAUCUGGGUGCUGCCACUACAGAUUGUUUGCGCCCUCAUCAUCCUUUUCCAUGUGGUGGGCAUAUCCAUGCUCUCCGGCCUGGGAGUGAUGCUGGCAGUCAUGCUCGCCAACCUUCUAGUGGCAUCCGGCAUCCACCGAUUCAUAACCGAAAUCAUGUCAGCCAAGGACGCGCGCAUGAAGGCCACCUCGGAAGCCCUCUCCUCCAUGAAGAUCAUCAAGCUCUACGCGUGGCAGCAGCACUUCCAGGACAAAAUCCAAUCGCUCCGCGACUCCGAAGCCUCCUGGCUGGUCAAAUUCAUGGCCUACGCAGCAGUAAACAUCUUCCUCCUCUGGCUCACCCCUCUCGCGGUCUCGGUCGCGACUUUCGGCACGAUGGUGGCUCUCGGUGUGCCGCUUACCCCGGCGUCGGUUUUCACUGCGAUUGCGACUUUCAGGAUUCUGCAGGAGCCGCUGCGGUCGUUCCCGUCGGUGAUCAGCGCGGUCACGCAGGCCAUGGUGUCGUUGAAACGGCUUUCGAGGUUUUUGUCUGAUGAGGAGUUGCAGUGGGAUGCGGUGGAGAGGGUUGGAGAGGGAGGAGGGAUGGGUGGAGAGGGAAUGCGGGAUGGUCUGAAUGGUAAUGGGUAUGGAGGUAAUGGGGGUAUCAGUCAGCAGCAGCAGGAUGGGGAGGGGGAGGAGAGGGGGGUGGAGAAAGGGAAUGAGGAGCCAGUGGAGGGGAAAGGGAAGAAGGAAGGUGAUGAUGACGUGGUGGUGAGGAUUGAGAAUGGCACGUUCAGCUGGGAUGCGGACCCAGAGAAGACCACGUUGACUGGCGUUGACCUGGAGAUCAGGCGGGGCAUGCGCGUGGCGGUGUGUGGGACGGUGGGCGCGGGCAAGUCGUCUCUUCUGUCCUGCAUCCUGGGUGAAGUGCCCAAGCUGCAAGGGAAGGUGUUUGUCUCGGGUCCCACGGCCUAUGUGCCUCAGUCCGCGUGGAUCCAAAACGCCACCAUCCGGGACAACAUUCUGUUCGGCCAGCCCUUGGACCGAGCCCGCUACCACCACACGCUGCACCAGUGCUCGCUCCUCGCUGACCUGCGCCUGUUUCCUUUGGGGGCCGACACGCAGAUCGGGGAGAGAGGGGUGAAUCUAUCCGGGGGGCAGAAGCAGCGGAUUCAGCUGGCCAGGGCGAUGUAUGCAGGGGUGGGGAUGGGUGCGGAGGUGUAUCUGCUGGACGAUCCGUUCAGUGCUGUGGACGCGCAUACCGGUUCAGAGCUCUUCAUGGAGUAUGUGCUCAAGGGCCUGGCAGGGAAGACAGUCAUCCUGGUGACGCACCAAGUGGAGUUCCUUCCCGCUGCUGACCUCAUUCUGGUGAUGAAGGAGGGGCGCAUAGUGCAGUCAGGGCGCUAUGACCAGCUGCUGGCAGAGGGAACGGACUUCAGUGCUCUCGUGGAGGCACACACUGAUGCGCUCGAGAGUGUUGGGACUGCCACUGCUGCAGCUGCUACCACUGCUGCCGCUGCUGUUACCGCCGCUGCCAAUGCAGCUGCUGCUGCUGCUGCUGCCUCAUCUGCUGCUGCGGCUACUCCUGCUGCUCCUGCUACCUCAAAAGAUGCCAUUGGUGUCCCUGCAUCGGCAUCCUCAUCUGCUCCUCUCCUCCCCAAGCAACCCGUCGAUCCAAUCCACAGCAACCCGCACCUCUCGCAGCUUCGGAAACAAUCCGCACCGAACCUGCGAAAAAGCUCGGAACCGAACCUGCUGCGCAAGGCCUCGCACUCGCAGCUUCGGAAAAUGUCCGACCCUAUGCUGCUGCAUACAGCCUCCCCAGAAUCCCACCAGAUUCUAGAGAACAUGGAAGUGGGGGAAUCAGAUGGUGCUGCUGCUGGUGCUACUGGUUCUGCUGGUGGUGCCGGUGGUUCUUUAGGGGGGGCUGCAGGGGAGGACGGGGAUGGGCAGUUGAUCAGUGAGGAGGAGCGGGAGUCUGGGCGGGUUUCUUUGGCUGUAUACUGGCAGUACAUGACGAAAGCGAUGGGCGGCUGGCACGUGCCGCUGCUGCUGCUGGUCCAGCUGGCGUGGCAGGCGCUGCAGAUCGGAUCUGACCUGUGGCUGGCCACGUACAGCUCAGCAGGGGCGGAGAACAGCUCAGCAGAAGCAGGAUACACGUCAGCAGGGGCCGGAUUCAACAAAAGUAUUCUAAGCAACCUCACCUCUCCUCUCUCCUCUCCUCUCGCCUCGAGUCUUUCCUCCUCCUUCACCCCAUCCUUCUCCUCCUCACUCUCCUCCUCCUACUCCUCCCCUCUCUCAUUCCUCACCCCCUCAGCCAUCACCCCAUCAGCCUUCAUGAAGCUAUACUCGUUAUUAGCUCUGGGCAGCGGCCUGUUUGUGCUGCUGCGUACAGCAGUCAUAUCGUGGGCGGGUGUGAUGACCACCCAGGCGUUCUUCCGAAGCAUGCUGCAAACUGUAUUCCGAGCGCCCAUGUCCUUCUUUGACUCUACUCCCAUCGGACGAAUCUUAUCCCGGGCCUCUACAGACCAAAGUGCACUCGACUUGGACCUGCCAUUUCAGUUCGGCUCGCUGCUCGCCAUGGUGUUCCAGCUGCUCGGCAUUCUCUUUGUCACCUCCUACAUCACGUGGCCUGUGUUCUACGCCAUCAUCCCAUUGACGUACCUCUACUUCUCUUUCCAGGAGUACUAUCUAAUGACAUCGAGGGAGCUCUCUCGUCUGAACGGGGUUACCAAGGCGCCCAUCAUUGAGCACUUCAGCGAGUCGCUGUCAGGGGCAGCAGUGAUUCGAGCAUUCGCCCAGCAGCCCCGAUUCGCUCAAAAGAGCGCAGAGAGGGUGGACACCAACAAUCGAGUGGCAUUUCAUUACGGCGCAUGCACCGUGUGGCUGGGCGUGCAUCUGGAGCUGCUAGGGGCGCUGUUGCUGUGCUUCUCGGCUUUCAUGCUCGUGUGGCUGCCUCCUUCAGUCAUUUCCCCAGGUUUAGCGGGCAUGUCUCUGUCGUACGGUCUCGCCCUCUCUCAAGGCCUCUUCUACGUGGUGUGGGUGUGGUGCGCGCUUGAGAACCAGAUGGUCUCCGUAGAGCGAAUCCUCCAGUUCUCCCACCCCAACGUGCCCCCCGAAGCACCGCUCUCCAUCCCUUCCCACCGCCCUCCAUCCUCCUGGCCCGACCGCGGCGCAAUCACCUUCGAAAACCUCCAAAUCCGGUACCGACCGGACCUCCCAUUGGUUCUCAAAGGCGUGAGCUUGCAGAUCAACGGUGGAGAGAAGGUCGGGGUGGUCGGGAGGACCGGCAGCGGGAAAUCAACGCUCGUCGUCGCUCUGUUUCGGCUCGUCGAGCCAACGGCAGGCCGGGUGGUAAUCGAUGGUGUGGAUACAACCAGGAUCGGGCUGACGGACCUGAGGAGCAGGCUCGCGAUCAUUCCUCAGGACCCGACCCUGUUCCAAGGCUCGGUUCGGAUGAAUGUGGAUCCGGCUGGGGAGUAUCGGGAUGAGGAGAUCUGGGAGGCGCUGGACAGGUGCCAACUGGGGGAGGUGGUUCGUGGCAUGGAAGAAAAACUGGAAGCACAAGUGGUGGAAGGAGGGGAGAACUGGAGUGUGGGGCAGAGGCAGCUGUUCUGUCUCGGGAGGGCCUUGCUGAAGCGCACCCGCAUUCUUGUGCUGGAUGAGGCAACGGCGUCCGUUGAUUCCGCGACCGACGCGGUGAUCCAACGGACGAUAAAGGAGUGCUUUGGCGACGCCACCAUCAUCAGCAUCGCGCAUCGGAUUGCGACUGUGAUCGACAGCAAUAAAGUGGUCGUCAUGGACCAAGGCACUGUAGCCGAGUGUGACGAGCCGGCUAAGCUCCUGGAGGAUAAGACAUCCAUGUUCUCGCGUCUUGUAGCCGAGUACUCUGCUCGCUCCACCGACAUGGCGGAUGUUGCAAGGAGCAUGUCCAUAGAUAACCUGGAAGCUGUUGGAAAAUGGCCGCCGCGGGUGCGCGAGGGAGACGCGGAAGGCGAGGGAGGCGUGGAGGCGUCUUGGGAAUUGCUGCCGCUGUCGCCGUCAGGAUCAGACAGUGAACACUCGGACACGGAGCGACUGGAAGACGAGGAAACAAAGCAGUUGAAGGGCGUGGACACGGAACAGUCAGAAAAUAAGGAUGCGGAGCGAUUGGAGCACGGAUUACGAGUGCUGGUUUCUGAUGGAAUCGAGAUUUCAGGCGACGUAUGUGCUCUCUGCGAUAGUGUUGUUGCUGACGUCGACUCCCCGCCUGCUGACGGCGACUCCCUGCUUUUUGACGUUGAAUCCCCACCUGCUGACGUUGAAUUUCUUCCUACUGACGUCGGCUCGCAUCCCGUGGAUAUGGAGCGCCCUUACGUGCCCGAGACUACGUCAGAUGACGGCCACCUCACGCAUCAGCAGCCAGCUGAUCAGACGGCUGAGCUGACGGCCGAAUUGACGGCUGACCGUCAGCAGCAGGUAGCUGAGGAGACGGCUGGAGAGGGGCCGGUGGCUGCUCCCGUAGCUUGUCCAGACGCCGUUGACGCCGCCUCUCACGCUGCGAACGAGGGAGGGGACGGGAGCGAGGGGAUUCUAAGCGAGGGUGGGAAGGAUGACAAGAGUGAAGGAAGUGAGAUACCGCAGGAGCAGGAGAAAACGAAGAGCGUUCUGCUGCUGGUCGAGGCGGAUCUCUCUUCUGCCUCCGCCUCUGGUGCUGCUACCGCCAGCAGCAACGAUCAGGCGAAGCUGGCUCAGCGCCUGGCUGGCGCUCUGCUGCACAGCGCAGGUGCCACCCCCCCUUCUCCGGCAGGCACAGAUGCAUCGCCCCCAGGUGCCACCUCCCCCGCUCCUCUGCCACUCAGGCCGGCUGUAGGAGAAGGCUCUUUGGGGGUUUUGCCUGCCGUGGGGGAGUUGAGCUCAUCUUUGUUGGUGGUGCCGUUUGCCCCAGCAGCAGCUGAUUUUCUGCUGGCGGAUAUUCUGGCGUCUGGGCUCGAACCACUGCCUGCUGCCACUGCUGACGUGGACAAUUUGAAGACUAGCAGCCAAUCAGCGGAUGCCACCUUAGCGGCAGGUGUCACCUCUUCUUCGUCUUUCAAUCCAGUGCCACCAGUGCACGUGUCAGUGGCCGUGCUUGUGCUCUCUGCAACGGACCUGAACGAAGUCCGGCUAUUGCUGUGUGAAAGGGAAGAGAAAAGGUGUGAGAAGGAGGAGGGGAAGGAGGUGGGGCGAGAUUCUACCGCUGCUGCUGCUGCUGCUGCUGCUCUUGUGAAGCAGCUCCGGGAGCAGUACGAUGUGCUUCGUCUCGCAUUUAGAUACAUCCAAGGCGCUCCGCCCAUUGCUCUCCUUGACACCCACUGCCUCUCACCUGAUACCUUCUCCCACUGCCGUUCCUUCCUCCUCUCCUCGCUGCACCUCCCCUCCUCGUGGCCCGUCUUGUCCAUCCCCUCUCUGCUGAAACCACCUGGCGAGUUGGAUUCACCUGCACCUGCCAAUGCAUCUGAGACCGAAGGAUUGCCUGAGAAAUCACCUGAGGAGGCAUCGGCUGCGCAGGAAUCACCUGAAGAAUCACCUGACAACAGCAACAGCAGCAGCGUAAUCGAGGAAUCAGCCCACGUUCUCUGCCCCGCCUCUGUGGGAGCUUUGCUUUGCUCGGUGAUGCACAUAUCUAGCCUCUCACUUGAGCUACAGCAAGUGGGGAAGAAGAUCCAAGCAGGCGCGCAGGGAGUGGGAUUGAAUCGAGAAGGGGUGAGUGGAGCUGAUACAAGCAGGUCAACCGAGUCAACUCAGUCGAAGCAGCCAGAGGAUUCCAGCAAGUGGGCGGCGCUUUGGCACGCAGCAGAUGCCCUCUCUUCCAGCCGGCUUUCCCACACCCUCACCACCGUCACCCCACACCUGCACCACCUGCACCAGACAGCAUCUGCUCUCGUCGUGUUAACUGCUCCCAUCCGAAAGCAACAAUUUGAAGUGCUGUAA